AUGAAGCUCUCCAGCUUCAAGCAGCCUGUCUCCGAUGCCACCCUACCGCCGCGCACACCCUCUCCGAUUAUCCGUUUCGUCGAGCCUCUCACGCCUACCUGCCCCACCGCAUACAAAGAUGGCCCAUUGUUCCCGAACAGCAGUACCGGUGGCCUUGUCGAGGCUCUCCAGAACUAUGGCUGGUCGGUCAGCAAUUCCCACGCUGGCAAGCGCGCAAGCACCGAGCGAGUGCCCAGUGUCAGUGUGAAAGCUGAAAGGGCGCCGCCGUCGUCGCGCCAGGCCAACGGCCAUGGCAGCCGCUCAUCCUCACACGGCUCUCCCAUAGAUGCGCUGGCCGACAUUGCCUCGUCUAUGGCGCCGAGCCCGCUCUUUGCUUCUCCUGCCGUCCUUCCUCACUCCCAACCCUCUCCACGGACGUCUACCCGCCCCACCGGCUCGAGUUCCCGGCACUCGCACGCUGCUUCAGAUGGCCACAGCUACCGCUACAGCCAAGGUUACAACUAUGGUUAUGACAAUGGUUAUGGAUGCGAUGAGCGCCCCUCUAAACGCGCGCGUUCAGAGGUCGCGCCUUCUGAGCAGUACCACCAAGCUACAGCCAGGCCGGUUACGAGUCACACUCAAGCUCCUGCCGUUGAGCCGCCUCAAAACAUCGACCACCCUGCUAGAAACGGGCAUUCGGCAUUCCCGGACCGAGUUUCUUAUCCUUCGUUCCCGACGAACAACGAUGAAAUAGACAUCGCGCAAGUCCUCUUGGAUCUGAGACAUGGCAGUGUAGACAGCUCCCGCGGCGCACGAAGGUCUAUAGCGGCUCCACAGGCUCAUUUGAGCCAGACCGGCUUGUCCACAUGGUACGAGAUGCCCACACAAGGCCAUCGACCGGGGGAGACACAAUACAAUGGGUUCGCCGAAAGCCAGUACCGGACCCGCCCUUAUGCAAACUCGUUUUCGGCGCCGAAACCUGAACCGCUGCUCAAUGGAUCAGAGGUGAGUGAGGCUAAAUUUGGCCCGUCUGGAUCGUCCGCAGUGCAGACGCAUACGCCGCCUGAUGAAACGUACGACCAAUCCACCGCUCACGCUAUCCGCGCCGACCCUGUCGAACACAAGAAAGGGAAGGGGCACCAAGGUUGGCCGAAAGGAAAGCCAAGAGGCCCUCGAAGCAAAACUACGAAUGGCAAGAAAGGCAAGGCCGCUGCCAGCGCCAAUGACGGCAUGCUGCUCCCUCUCCGGGAGGGUGGCCCAGAUCAGCUGCAAUCACCCCAGAGCCUAGCCGGUGAACCUGUAGAGCCUUCCGCCCCGGAAAACCACCCGAUAGCUGCUCCUCCGCGCAACGCUACAUAUGAUAUCUCGCGGGCACGGUCAGACGCCCAACAGGCCAAGCGACGCAGCUCAUUUGGGAUGUAUGACCCGCCAAACGUGGAGGAGAACAAAGCCGACCCCGGAAGAGCAUCUUCUGUACCAGCAGAGACGUCUAUGGAAAUCAGACCGAUAUUGAAUCCCAGUCAACUGCCGCCGGGUCCUGGCGAGGAAGAAGCUACGAUAUGUGCUGGGUGCAACUUUUCUCGGGGACCGUCUACCGGGCAGAAGGAUCAGUGGAUUGGUUGCAAUGGAUGCCAGAACUGGUAUCAUUUCGCUUGUGCAGGGUUCAAGAAUGCUAAGGAGGUGAGCAGUGUGGACAAGUAUUUCUGUCGUACUUGUAGACCAAAGUUUGGUCCGACGACAUUUGUUCGCAAGUCGAAACGCGCGCAAGGUGGAGUUCGUGUAGACUACGCUGGACUCAACGAAGGCGUUUUCCGCACGUCCGAGGAUGAACACGAACAUCACUACAUCCAGUUGAUCAAGGAUGGCGCAUUCAAUUUCCAGCCGGAGACUUUCCCACGGAUGCGGCCGGAGCUUGUUACCGCCGAGAAUUUCGAGAAAGGUGGCGGUUUCAAGGAGCCCAUCGUCAUUCCCGCAUGUUGGAACCCUCGCCCGUCAUUUCCUGGAGCUCCAACAACAACGGCCACCCCUUCGACCGAUCCCCAAGGACAGACAGAGUCCUCUGAGAACUUCCAUGAGGAUGUUGAGUAUGAAACUGUCGCUGACGAGGGCCAAGACUCCCUUGACAUGGUCAUUCCUCAAGGGUUGACCGUCCGUAGAGUUGCCGAGCUUUACGGUCCCGAGGAGAAAGUCGAAGUUAUUGACGUCAAAUCCCAAGAGGGCGAAGAUAGGAGAUGGAACAUGAACAAGUGGGCGGACUAUUACGAGGAAGAAGGCGACAAGCCUGUCCGCAAUGUGAUCAGCCUCGAAAUAUCACACAGCAAGCUGGGACGCCUCAUCCGGCGACCGAAGAUUGUUCGUGAACUCGAUCUCCAAGAUGCGGUAUGGCCAGAGGAGGAAACAGCUCGAGGUAUAUUCCCGAAGGUGCAGUUCUACUGCCUUAUGUCUGUCGCUGAUUGCUACACGGACUUCCAUAUCGACUUUGGAGGGUCUUCGGUGUACUAUCACAUCAUCAAAGGCAAGAAAACUUUCUUCUUCAUCCCGCCCAAGAAGCAACACCUGAAAAAGUACGAGGACUGGUGUUUGUCUCAGGCGCAGAAUUGGACUUUCCUUGCAGACGAGACAAAGGAGUGCUACCGAGUGGAUCUAUCCGAGGGCGACACAAUGCUCAUCCCGUCUGGCUGGAUCCACGCUGUAUGGACUCCAGAGAACAGCCUUGUUAUUGGCGGCAACUUCCUUACGCGGCUCAACUAUGGCAUGCAAAUUCGUGUCGCCGAGAUCGAGAAGAACACCAAGGUGGCCAGAAAGUUCCGUUACCCGCAUUUCCAGAAAGUGCACUGGUACACAGUCCUUCAGUAUCUUCACCAUGACCCUCUGCCACCAUCCGUCAUGCAGCUCUUUUAUGAGGGCAAACAGUUCUCUCGCGAAAUUCCCAUCUGGAUGGAGCCCAAUAAGUUUGGACACAACUCGGACUUGGGUCCGGAGAACUACAAUGCUCGAUACUACUCACGCAGCGAACUCGAAGGUCUGCCUGACCUUGUAAGCUACAUCUUCCGAACAGUCAUGAUUUCUCAAGGUCGCGUGGAAGGCAUUACUGCUGAGGUGCGGAAUGCGGUCACCAAAUCCAUCCCCAAAGGUGCCGGAGAUCCACUCGAAAUCAUCAAGACUUUUGCUAUGUGGGUGGCCUGGAAGUGUGGAAACGAGGAUAUCCCUCAUUGGGCCCAUCCCGAUGCAGUACUUCCGGAGGUCGGGGAAUCGGGCGGUGACAAGAAGCUGAGCGCAGCCGCAUUGAAAAGGCUGGAGCGCAGGGCUUUUGUCGAUGCCUUCCGGCUUCCAGAACGAGUCUCUGCGAGACAGCAAAAGAAAGCGCAGGAUGCCGAAGCUGAGAGCACUUCUGAGAGUCCUUCCGGUCAACUUGUCAAGCAUACGAGCACCCCCAAGACUUCUGUUCUUGGGCCUAAGCGUAUAGCUUGUGAUGCGUGCCGGAAGCGCAGGAUCAGAUGUAAGCACAAGGAUGAGGUCUCGGCUCCAAAUCUCAACACUCCCAGCAAGCCUGGGGAGAGGCGUCAGAGUGCCCAGAUGGUCGCUGUCGUCAUUCCCGCUUCCGCCAAUGGUAUGCCUUUGAAUGGCUCUCCGAGGGUGGACCCUCAGCUUACGGCAGUUCUUGCUACCGCCUUCGAUGGGCAAAAUCAACAAGAGACUCCUGACGGCAAACGUGGACGGAGCAAGGCUUGCUUGGACUGUCGUAAAAGCAAGCGUCGCUGCAUCCAUGAUGAGCAUGGAAACAUUGAUCCGAUAAAGGCACAGGAAGCCCCCAUCCCUCGAGGAACUCAAAGUGCCAAGAAGCGGCGUGUCAGCGGGGCCGGAGAUGAGGCUGACGCGAUCAAGAAGCCUAAGAAAGAAUCUCGACCAAGCUUUAGUUUGCCAAGUGGCGUUUCUCCGUUCGACCAUGAUAUGAUCCCGAAUGGACAACAUCAACAGGACACAGAGCUGCAAGCGCAAGCAUCGAUGGAGGCCGCGGACGAUAUUCAGAUGUCCGACGCACCCCCAGUGCAACCUGUUAACGAUGCUAUCGAUAUCGUCCCCGAGAGCUAUCCAACAAACUCUGCAACGGCCGAGGAAGUGGUCGAUGAAGUUAUGACGAAUGGCAUCGACCAUGUUGAGCCUUCACCGCAACAAGCCGCGCUUGAACCCGUGCUUACGAGCGAUAUUGCCCUCCCUAGCACGGAAAACGUUCCAGAACAAGUGCUCUCAACGGAUCGUCAGCACCCUGUGGCCGAACAAUCACCGCCUCCGCCUGGUCCUGGGCAAGCAAAUGGCGUGGCACCUUCAUCUCCUCUCACAGACCUUGCCAAUUCCACUUCUCCGGAGCAUACUCGCCAACAUCAAGAAGUCCAGCCUGUCCCCGAAUCACCAUCUGAGCGUCGCCAUUCUUCUCGCGCUUCCCGGCCAGUCGAGCGCUAUUCCACGGUCAGCAACAGCGGCAGACAGUCACAACCGCCUUCAGCUAGCAAAGGUCGCUCGAAGAGCCGCACUCCGAAUCCAUCCAGAGGGGCCAAGCAGAACUCGGUAGCAACACCGACCCAGCAGCGACGAGCGUCGAACGCGAGCGUCGAUAUGAGUGCUGCGGCAAAUAAUGGGAAGAGGAGUAUCAAGAGCGAGGACGUGGAUGCACCUGAACAAAGAGCGAUGAGCGUAUUGCCAGGGGAGGAUGAGGCCAGCAUGCGGCUUAUACGAGAGAUCAUGGGCGAGGAGAGGGGCUUGAGGAGAAGGGGAAGUAGGUAA